UUUUUUUUUUUUUUUUUUUUUUUUUCUCUCUUCAAAUCGCCCUGCUUUGCUUGGUGCGAGUAAGUGGGCUUGUUUGUACCGGUACUCGUGCGGUCAUACAUAGUUUGGGCUCUCCGGUGUGGGGUGUCUAUUGUUCGGAGUGUGGUGUGGUUGCAGCCUUUCCAAUAUCAAAGGUCCUUGCCAACCUUGACAGAGUCAGGAGCGCCCUUCUCAAACAAACACCCCCCUCCCCUUGGAUAACCUGUCCAGCUCUUCCAUAAUACUUUUGACGCACGAUUCUUUUUUAAGCUUCCCACCACUCCUUCACCGGUCCUUUUCUCCUCCUCUUCUUCCCCUCUCUUCCUUCAUCAUGUCAGCAGCACAGGAAGAAUUCGACCGCCUAGUAGCAAACAACACAGGCCCGUCGCACUCAGAAAGGAACACACACCCUGAGGACCGAGGACGGGACAGGGACGACGACUACGACGACCUCGACGAGGAAGAACGUUACAGGGCAGCCCAGGUAGACGCAGCCAUGCGCAUGCCCACUUUUGGCUCAGAGGCGGCCGGCGGCGGCGCCGUCAUCAAUCUGCCCCCGCCGUCAUUCGACAGCGGCCGCGCCACCGGAGUGAAGGGCGUCAUCGCCGACGCGAGGAGCUAUGAGACGGCCAAGCAGGCCAAGUGGAAGUCACGCGUGCGCCAGGCCAGGCGGAGCGUGUUGGGCAUGGGCGGCCUGCUCAACAGCGGUGCCACGACCGACAAGAGCGAGUCGGGCGGCAGCGCCGACGAGCGUGACGAUGAUGCCGACAACGAGUUCCUCCAGCAGUGGCGCGAGUCUAGGCGGAGGGAGCUCGAGGCUGAGGCGCAGAACGGCCCCGCCAUACGGAACAGGCGAACAUCACCAAGCGUUCGCAUGUUUGGCAGGUUCGACGAGGUCGACGCGAUGGGUUAUCUGGAUGCCAUCGAAAAAGUUGGCCGCGACACCGUUGUGGCAGUUUUUGUAUACGACCAUGAGUGCGAAGUAUCAGCCGAGGUUGAAGCUGCAUUAAGGCCUCUUGUCACAGCAUAUCCCGCCGUGCACUUUGUCAAGGUCCACUACGACGACAUUGAAUUUGACAAUGCCGCUGUGCCGGCCAUACUCGCCUACCGCAAUCAAGGCGAUUUGAUUGCAAACCUGACUGGCAUAAUUGAGAUGAUACCCGAAAACGAAGACUUUGAUAGCGAGAGCCUGAAGAAGAUAUUCAAGAAGCACAACUUGAUAUAAACUACGGCCACUUGCGCCUCUAUUCCAGAAACUUCGACACAGCCAGUCACUUGUUACAAAAACAACUUUCCUUCUUCGCCUUCCAUUCUUCUUUCACAAUAAACUAGCGAUAUCCGAUUUUCUUUUCUUUUUCCUUUAUUUGGUUUACUUUUUCUUCUUGGUUCUCAUCGAUUUUAUGACAAAAUUUAGAGGUGGGCGGGAUUUUUUUUUCUUGUUUCAGGGCGAUUACUCAGUUGCUGAGGCUUGGGUUUUUGUUCUUUCUCAAGUUCCUUUGUACUACGGUGUUGGAAAUACCACUCUAGGGUGUCUUUUUUUUUUUCUUAAUUCAAAUCGGCCUCGGAAUCAGGUCGUUAUUCGUUCAUUUCUUCUUUUCCAUUCAGCCGCCUCUUGCGUGUGUCUGUUGCUCGUGUUCUUUGGGAUCGUUAAAAACGGUAUAAUAUGCUUGCAGGACUGCCUUGAACGCCUUGUAAAAUUAAACAAAACAAAAAGAGACCUUGUAUCAUUAUUCAUCAACCAAAAAAUGCAGAGGGACAAAAGAAAAGAAGAAAAUGUUCCACAGUACCAAAAAAAACCCAAAAAAGCCAACCCAAUGCUCCAGCAACAAUAAAUAAAUUCCAUACAUAUUUCAUCAAGAAAAAAAAAUGUGAUCGUGUCGUUCUUUCUUUUAAAAGUGCACACUCCUCUUCUUACGCACCUUCUUCCCUUCCUCUCCCCUUCUAUCCCGCUCCCGGUUGAAAAACCCACUGACGCUAGCCGCCGCAUUGUGGACGUAAGGGUUGGUCGAGAGCCGGUUCGCAACGCUGCUGCUACCUCCGCCUACACCACCCUGGAAGGACGACUGACCCCCGGGCUGCUGGGGCGUCCCGCCACCACGCCACCACGACGACAGCGACGGUUGUGCCGAGCUCGAGGGGCCUGCGCUCCCAGGCCGCGGGUCCGCCGGCCGCGGGGGUAGAUUCGGGCGGGCGGACGGCAGAUCCUGGCCCUCGGUGCCGUACAUCUGCCGCAGGCGCUCCGUCUCGGCGGCGAUCUCGGCCUCUCGCCGCUGCCGCUCGCGCCGCUCCUCCUGUUCCAGCAUCUCCUGGAUGCGCCGCUGCUCCUCGGCUUCCCGCCGCGCGCGCUCCUCCGCCUCGCGCUCCUCCUGCUCCACCAUGGCUUUGAGGCGGGCCGUCUCGGCGUCGAUUUCGGCCUGCGUCGCCGGACCUGUGGGCGGCCGAGAUGGAGGCGUCGUUGAUGACAUGGCAGUCGGGGUUGUGGUGGGGAUGUUGUUGCUGGCGAUGGCGCCAGACAUCACGGGCCCGCCGCCGUUGGUGGGUGCGGCGAGCGGCGCCGUGGGCCGAGAGUUCUUGCGCAGCCUCCCGCCCGUCUCGGUCAUCAUGUUGAAGGGGUCCUGCCUCGGGACCAGAUACAGGUCCCUGAUGACGGCAGCGCCGAGCAGAAGGACCAGGUCCAGCCCCUUUCGGUCCUCGACGUCGACGCGGCGCAUGUUCGGCUCGUAUAUGGUCAGGGUCGGGUCGCGGCCCUGCUUGAGGAAUGCGAUGGUGAUGUCGGGCUCCUUGCUCUUGUGUCGACCCAGGCUCCGACCCGACAUGUAGCACGUCAUGUCCUUGGACAGCCUCCCGUCCCGCUUCCACUUGAACAUGACCUUUGGCGCAAUGUCGCUCACAACGGUGGCGUCGGCCUGCUGGCGGUCCAGCUGGCUCGCGCUGGGCAUCCUGAAGCUCCGCGACGGUAUCUCAAACUCCCAGCCGCCGCUCUUGCCCCAGCCGCUGCUGCCAAACAUCUUGAACGCGACCGACUGGUCCGGGUUGUAAAGCUGCACCAAGAAGGCGUCGGGCACCACGGGGGAGGAGGGUGCGGCGGCGCCGUUUUGCGCGCGAAUCUCGGCAGCCGAGAGCGUCGGCUGCGUCCACUCUGGUGCCACCAGGACCUCACCGUAGACGACGCCCGGCUGGUAGGGGUCCACGAUGGCGGCGGCAUAGUUGCCGCGGCAUGCGGGCUGGGAGAUUGGGUCGGCGCGCUUGAAGACGUACUCGGGCUCGGGUUCGGAGCCGUUUUGCGUGAAGAAGAGAACGACCGCGUCUGGGUUGUCCGAGCUCGGGCGGAACUGGAAGCUGGGGAGGUUCUCGUCGAGCAUGGUGGCGGUUUUUAUGCCCCGGCGAGGGGGAGGAGGAGUUCGGCGGGUUCUCGGGUGUUGAACAAAAAAAAGGCUCGGAUGGGGAUCGAAUGUUUUGUGUACGUGCGUGUGUGUAUAUACAGGUCUCUCUGCCUCCCCUUGCCCUCCGAGGUUUUGGGAGCAGCUAGCUUAAGAUAGAGUCUAGAACUAGGUCUAGUCAAUAGUUGAGACGGGCGCUCUGUUUUCCAACUCUUUUGUAGUGAGGGAGUUGAGCAAAAGAUUUUGGUCCUGUCAGACGUGCACGCUUCCUUGGAUUGGCUGACGAGGUAUUGUAUUUUCUGGCACAGGCACAGGAUAGUCUUUUUUUUUUUCGACUUUUCUUUUUUUGUCUAAACAGUUUGCCAACCAAAUGUACAAACGAGAAAUUGUGAUUUGAGUCGUUUCUAGGCAAUUGCAAGCGUUUGAGACAAGGAGUUCCCUUGAGAAUGUGUGAACAAGAUUACAAAAAUAUGGAUACAAAAGAAAAGGACAAAGGACAAGAUUCGAAAAGAGAAUAUUCAAAAAAGACAAAAAGAAAGAAACCACACGAAAAAAAAGAAGAAGCCUAGGCUGACUGAUCUUGGUGUAGUAGCGCCGAGUCGC